AUGUCUUCACAAGCAACAAGGAUAGAGAAGAAUCUGGAAGCCUUCAACAAUCAGUUAAGGCACACUAGUGAGAGAUUAGCAGAUCGGGCUGGGUCAGCACCACCUCCAGAAAUAGAACCAUCAAUUGAAUCAACUCCUACCUUGUCGACAACUACGGGUGGUACUAGAGGUAAAGGUCGAAAACGUGGGAAGAAAGGUAGUGCCACGUUGACUUGGGCAGCAAAAGCAGCUAGACGGUUGGCUGCGAGUGGGGCCGCCACUGAAGAUACCAAUGCUUCAGCUUCAGGAACCUCUACAAGUGUCAACAUCUCUGGAAACGUAAAUUUGAAUGAUAAAGAAGUAGAAGAUCCUGAGGAAGGGUUAAUAUCGAGAGAUGAAGUUAGCACAGAUGCUACUUGUAAGCUACAUUCUAAAAUUGGUUGCUUCUACCUUGAAAUCCACUCUAGGGUGAUGCCGCAAAGCAAUGCCACAACCGUGUUUUGUGUAGCCAUCAGAUGA